AUGCACGGUCUCACGUUGUUCUUGUCGGCCUUCUUCCCCUGUAUUGUGACUUCACAAGGGUUUCCAGUAGAUAUCAACAGCACGUUCAUUACGGCUGGUCCAUACAAUGUGAGAGUCGACGCAGGGACAUAUGGACCCCUGGUCGAAGAGGUCCAUUACUACUACGAUCAGUGGCCCAUUGGCAUUGCGGUAUCGCAGACCGGGAGGAUAUUCGCCUGCUAUACUCGUGGAACGUACAACUACACGCUUGGCGAGGUCGUGAACCUGACGGCCGAAACUGCGUAUCCCAACCGGGAUUUGAACACGCCUCCGGGUGGACUGUCUGCCGAGAUCAAUGGGGUGCCCUUUGGGAGCAACGACCAGACGCAUUUCAUCAGCGUGCAGGCUGUCUUCGUAACGCCAGACGACACACUUUGGGUAUUGGACACCGGCCGACCCACGAUCAAUCAGUCCACGAGCCCCGUGGUGCCGUACGCAGCACCGGGUGGACCAAAGCUAAUUGCGGUAAAUCUGACGACUAAUUCGAUCACCAAGACUUAUACCCUUCCGUCCGAUGUACAUUUCCCAGACUCCUACAUGAAUGAUCUGCGAUUCGACAUGCGGCCCAAUGCUACGGAGUCCGGCGGUGGCAUCGCGUACAUUGUGGAUAGUAGUGAUGAGGGCCGGACCGGAUUCAUCAUGAUUGACCUUGCCACGGGUGAGAGCUGGCGGCAUUUAUCACAGCACCCUAGCACACUGCGCGUCUCUGAAGAUGUGCCAAGUUACCAAGGUCUGCCUUUUUACUACAGAGCCAAAGGGAAACCGUUGGAUUUCCUGCAAGAGGGGCUAGACGGCGAGGAGCUGAGCCUCUAUGGCGAUGUCUUAUAUUACUCACCGCUUACAUCAGAUUACUUGUACUCCAUUGAAACAUCGUAUCUACGCGUUAAUCCCAAGACUGACCCGCUGGCCUUGAAGCGGGCUUUCGACAACGUUAAAAACUUUGGGCAGAGGGGUGGGAACGCCAAUGGGUUCGCCGGCGAUAGCCUGGGCAAUGUCUAUAUGCUGAUGCCCGAGCACAAUGCGGUUUUCAUCUAUAACUCGACUCUACACCAGACCACGCCUUACGUUCGCGAUCCGCGCAUCAUCUGGCCGGACAGCGCGAAUGUCGGCUUCGAUGGGUAUCUAUACAUGAAUAUCAACCAGCUCCCGUACCAACCCAAUUGGAAUGACGGGGUGGACGGAAGAGUUCACCCUGGUCUCAUACUCCGAGCGAAGCUGCCAGAUGGCGCAAGCAAGAGUACGGUAUUGAUAUGA